AUAGAAAAUUUAUUAUUUAUUAUUGGAAGAUUAUUAUUAAUUAUUUUUGUAUUAGUAAGAGUAGCAUUUUUAACUCUUUUAGAACGAAAGGUUUUAGGAUAUAUUCAAAUUCGUAAGGGACCUAAUAAGGUUGGAAUUGCAGGAAUUCCUCAGCCUUUUUGUGAUGCAAUUAAAUUAUUUACUAAGGAACAAACUUAUCCUUUAUUGUCUAAUUAUAUUUCUUAUUAUUUUUCACCAAUUUUUUCAUUAUUUUUGUCUUUAUUGGUUUGGAUAUGUAUACCUAUAUUUGUUAAACUUUUUUCGUUUAAUUUAGGGUUGUUAUUUUUUCUUUGUUGUACAAGUUUAGGUGUUUAUACAGUAAUAAUUGCAGGUUGAUCUUCAAAUUCAAAUUAUGCUUUAUUAGGAGGUUUACGAGCUGUUGCUCAAACUAUUUCUUAUGAAGUUAGAUUAGCUUUAGUAUUAUUAAGUUUUAUUUUUUUAAUUGGGGGUUAUAAUAUGUUAAUAUUUUAUAAGUAUCAAAUAUUUAUUUGAUUUUUAUUUAUUAUAUUUCCUAUAGCUUUAGUAUGAUUUAGAAUUUCUUUAGCUGAAACUAAUCGAACUCCUUUUGAUUUUGCUGAAGGGGAAUCAGAAUUAGUUUCUGGAUUUAAUGUAGAAUAUAGAAGAGGAGGAUUUGCUUUAAUUUUUUUAGCAGAAUAUGCAAGUAUUUUGUUUAUAAGAAUAUUAUUUUGUGUAAUAUUUUUGGGAAGUGAUGUUUUUCAUGUAUUUUUUUAUGUUAAGUUAACAUUUGUUUCUUUUAUAUUUAUUUGAGUUCGUGGAACAUUACCUCGAUUUCGAUAUGAUAAAUUAAUAUAUUUAGCUUGAAAGAGUUUUUUACCUUUUUCAUUAAAUUUUUUAUUAUUUUUUGUAGGGUUUAAGAUUUUUUUAUUUUAUUUAAUUUAA